AACCCUAAUGGGGGCAGGGAAUGUGCAGGCUGUAAAUGGUCCUUUCCUUUGGCCUGAUUGGGUUGGUCCACUCCCCUUGUUGCUCCUUCAUUGGCCCAAGCCAACAUCAAUCUGUUGAUUUCCAGGUCCCCCUCAAGUUUGAAACUUUUUUUUUCUUUUUUUUUUACACGAAGUGGAAUCGAGUUACAACUAAGUCUUGUAACCGAUCUCACAGCAGCCGAGAGAAGAAAACACUCUUUCAAUAAUUUACACAUCUGCGGGGAGGGCGGUUUUUUGUUUUGUUUUUCGCAGCGGAGAUCCAACAAAACAAGCGAACAAACAAAAACAUGCAGUGAAGCGACUUUUUCCCUGCGCUGCCAGGAUGAAGACUUGAGAGAUUUUGUUCAGGUUAACUUGUCAUCUUGUCGGCUGACCGCUCCUGUGUCCCACUGAGGGUGAGAGAAAGACUUGACCAUGGACUCCUUCAGCACCAAGAGCUUAGCCCUGCAGGCGCAGAAGAAGCUGAUGAGCAAGAUGGCCACCAAGAGCAUGGCCAACCUCUUCAUCGACGACACCAGCAGCGAAGUGCUGGACGAACUGUACCGUGUCACCAAGGAGUACACCCGCAACCGCAAAGAGUCUCAGAAGAUCAUCAAGAACUUGAUCAAGAUGGUGGUGAAGCUGGGGGUGCUCUACAGAAACAACCAGUUCAACAGCGAGGAGCUGAUCCUGGUGGAGAACUUCAGGAAGAAAGUCCACACUCUGGCCAUGACAGCGGUCAGUUUCCACCAGAUCGAGUUCACCUUUGACCGCCGCGUCAUGAGCGCCAUUUUGAAUGAUUGCCGCGAACUGCUGCACCAGGCCAUCAAACGCCACCUGACAACCAAGAGCCACUCGCGAGUCAACCAUGUGUUCAAUCACUUCGCCGACUGUGACUUCCUGGCGGCUCUCUACGGGCCCUCUGAGGUUUAUCGUGCUCACCUGCAGAGGAUCUGUAACGGGGUCAACAAGAUGCUCGACGAGGGGAACCUCUGACAUCUGCUGGCCUCGUCAUCAGGUGCCUUUACCUCUAGUCACCCCUCAUUCACCAUCUUGUAGGAUUUUUUUUUUUUUUUUUAGGUGACAAUCAUGAACAUUUUUAUUUUCAUUUGUUGCUCUGUUUGUGUGUGCCUUUCAGCCAUUACUGUAACACUGAAAUUCUCCUAGCUAGUUAGUCCAAAGUCUGUUUCUUCUCCAACCUGACUUUUAGUUAUUCCACAGUAAACAAAACCCAGCAGAUGAUAUUUUUUGUGUGUGUUUUUUUUUUUUUUUAAUGAAUGUAAAACUUCAUGCUCUUAUCAGUAUAUACAGGGGUAGGAGCCUUGACAACUGUGCCUUGGAAAAAAAAAAAAACAACCUUAUUUUUCUCUUCAUUCCGAGGGCACUAUGCUUGCUCUCUUACUCAAUCAAAAAGACAUGAAUCUAGGCACAGGCCUUCAGUUAUAUCUCUGUAAGCUGCCUUUAAUGGACGAAAAUGGUUUUGGGAGCACCAGGAGAGGAAAGAAAGUGAAUUUCCAUCUUUUCCAAAUACCCAAGGACAUAAAGAAGUGAUUUCUUUUGUUUGUUUGUUUUUUCUAAAAGUAGUAUUGCACUCAAUCCUGAACAAGCGCUGUACUGUACUUUCCUGCAGUAAUGAAACCAUGUAAAGCACGGUAAUUUGAGUAAUCCUGCUUAGCCUGCAUUUUACAGCUCUCCCCAUCAUGCACUGAAGUCCACUUUGUAGAGGCGCCAGGCUUUUGUUUAGAAGGCACCCAUAAACCCAGUUUUGCUUUUAGUAGUCUGGUUUAUAGCCACCACAACAAAGAUGAAGUAUUUGGGUCAUAGGGGGACCAUAAACAUGAAGGGAUUUGAUUGUGCUGUGUAUUGUUGAUUGUCUCUGCGCUGACUUGAAUGUCUCGCUGACUGUACGCUCAUCUGCUCAGGCAAACUUCAACUUUUUUUUGUCUAUAAAUGUCAUAAUCACAGCAGGGGAGCGGCACAAUGUGGCACCAGGUGCAAAGGUUGCUCUGGCAUUUUGUCAGGGGGGAAUAAAUCAUAAGCGCAGUCGAACUACUCAUCAUAAUAGAUGUUGGAGCCCAGGGUCAGCUGUGUUUCAGAUUUAUCGGCGUUGCCUCAGGUUUAUCCAAAAAUCACAAAAACUCUGGUUUGAAAUUCUGACAGAUCUGAACUAAAAAGACUCCCCAUGAGCAGUCAGAUGAAAGGCUGGACGAAAACUGCAGCGCUGUGUCUAUGAAAAGGACCAGGCAGGGUAUAGAGAUUAGAGCAGAGACAAAUACAGUACCUGAUUGUACUCUCCCUCUGCAAUUAUAGCUCCCCUCUCUGGGGUGGUAUAAUGGCCUGUAGCCUGCCUCUGUCGAGCAGCCACUCCAUUUCACCACACAGCAGCCUCAUGUAAUGUGAUGGAGAUAACCAUCUCUGUUUGCGCGAUGCAAGUCCUUUAACGGAGUGAAGGAUGAUGUUGUGUUUCCUCCUUAUAAAGCAGCAUAUGAGUAGUUACUACUAUCCCUCUCCAACCUCACAUAAUAGCUGUCUUUCCUUUUUGUCUAUGUGUUUUUGUAUCACUGAGCUUGUCUGGGAGAUUGUUUUGUGCUGCGGCCUCAUUUUGUAUUCUCUGUGUGUGUGUGUGUGUGUGUGUGUGUGUGUGUGUGUGUGUGUGUGUACCUGUGAGAGAAUUGGAAAUUGAGCCGUGUAAUAAGCGCUGUGCUUUUCCAGAUAGGAUUGCUGAAACUUUAACUUCAUCCACAGCAGCUCUGCCAAAGAAAAGAAAACUGAUGCUACUCAAAAUGCAGUCUUUCUCCAGAGGAACAUUUCAGAAGAAACAGUAUGCACUUGAUAAUUAUAACCCUGCUUAUGGUGAUGAUGAAGACAAAGGUGGUGGCUGUGUGGUUUCUGUCCCUUUUUUUAUUCACCUUUUUAAUUCUUAAAUGACCUCCCUGAGUAGAUUAUCUUUGUUGGACCCAUUUGACUUACUGCAUCAUUUUGGGAGGCUUUGAAGUAAAUCCUUUUUCCUAAGUCCCCAAAAACAGUUUACUGACUUUAAUUGUCUUUGGAUGCCAUUUUCUCCAAUCUCUCCACAUCUCAGGGUUAGUUUAAAUCUCCCUCGGUUUAAAAUCAAUGACAUACUAAGUAGAAGUCACCAGGAACCUCUGCAACUGCCCCACUUGUUUUACUAAAGGCCUUUUAAAUUAGGCAUACUUAUUAUGUUGCAUUUUUACUAUUGUGAAUCGUGAACUGUUUUUAUUUUCACUCAUGUACAUAUGAUUGUUUUUGUGUCUCUGUAUUGUAUCCGAACGCAACAAAUAUAAUACAAUUUACUUUUUUAAAAGAA